CACAACUACGAAACAAUUCUAGAGAAGAGUAGAACUCUCCAGAACCAAAGAAGCAAGAAAAUAGCUCUCCUCUCUGCUAUAAAAACCUCUUCCUGUCUUUCUCGCCUUCAUCACCAUUCUCUCUCUAAAGCAAUCUAAGCAAAACAUCAAAGCAAUCAAUCCACAUUCUCUCUCUUCUCUAAUCGCGAAAUUUCUAGGUUAUUUUUUCUGAAGGUGCUUCUAUGGCGGACGUAACAAUGGGUGAAGCUGAGACCUUCGCAUUUCAGGCAGAAAUCAAUCAACUUCUGAGUCUCAUCAUAAAUACUUUCUACUCUAACAAAGAGAUUUUUCUUCGUGAAAUCAUUUCUAACUCUUCAGAUGCGUUGGAUAAGAUAAGGUUUGAAAGUUUGACGGAUAAGAGUAAGCUCGAUGCUCAGCCAGAGUUGUUCAUCAGGCUUGUUCCUGACAAAGCGAACAAGACUCUGUCUAUUAUUGACAGUGGUAUUGGAAUGACUAAAGCAGACUUGGUGAACAACUUGGGUACUAUUGCCCGAUCUGGCACCAAGGAAUUCAUGGAAGCAUUGCAGGCUGGAGCAGAUGUCAGUAUGAUUGGGCAAUUUGGUGUUGGUUUCUAUUCUGCCUACUUGGUUGCUGAAAAGGUUAUUGUGACUACCAAGCACAAUGAUGAUGAGCAAUACAUUUGGGAGUCUCAAGCUGGUGGUUCUUUUACUGUCACUAGGGACACCACCGGCGAGCAACUCGGAAGGGGUACUAAGAUCACUCUCUUCCUCAAAGAAGAUCAGUUGGAAUAUUUGGAAGAGAGGAGGAUCAAGGAUCUUGUCAAGAAACAUUCGGAAUUUAUCAGCUACCCAAUUUAUCUUUGGACUGAGAAGACUACAGAGAAGGAGAUCAGUGAUGAUGAAGAUGAUGAACCAAAGAAGGAAGAAGAGGGUGAUGUCGAGGAUGUUGACGAGGAGAAGGACAAAGACAAGAAAAAGAAGAAGAAGAUUAAGGAAGUGUCCCAUGAGUGGCAGCUUAUCAACAAGCAGAAGCCAAUUUGGCUGCGCAAACCUGAGGAGAUCACUAAGGAAGAAUAUGCUUCCUUUUACAAGAGCUUGACUAAUGACUGGGAAGAUCACCUUGCUGUCAAGCACUUCUCUGUUGAGGGGCAGCUUGAGUUCAAGGCUAUCCUCUUUGUUCCAAAGAGGGCUCCUUUCGAUCUGUUCGACACUCGCAAGAAGCCCAACAACAUUAAGCUGUAUGUCAGGAGGGUGUUCAUCAUGGACAACUGUGAGGAGCUCAUUCCAGAGUAUCUCAGCUUCGUUAAGGGUGUUGUAGACUCUGAUGAUCUACCUCUAAACAUCUCUCGAGAGAUGUUGCAGCAAAACAAAAUUCUGAAGGUGAUUAGGAAGAAUUUGGUGAAGAAGUGCAUUGAAAUGUUCAAUGAAAUUGCGGAGAACAAAGAUGAUUACAACAAGUUCUAUGAGGCGUUUUCGAAGAACCUAAAGUUGGGUAUCCAUGAAGAUAGCCAGAACAGGUCCAAGUUGGCUGACCUUCUUCGAUACCACUCAACCAAGAGUGGCGAAGAUCUCACAAGCCUGAAGGAUUAUGUUACCAGGAUGAAGGAAGGUCAAAAGGACAUAUACUACAUCACUGGAGAAAGCAAGAAGGCAGUUGAGAACUCUCCGUUCUUGGAGAGACUUAAGAAGAAGGGUUAUGAGGUGCUCUACAUGGUUGAUGCCAUUGAUGAAUAUGCAGUUGGGCAACUGAAAGAGUAUGACGGCAAAAAACUUGUUUCUGCUACUAAGGAAGGCUUGAAGCUUGACGAUGAAAGCGAGGAAGAAAAAAAGAAAAAAGAAGAGAAGAAGGCAUCCUUUGAAAACCUGUGCAAGGUGAUCAAGGACGUUUUAGGUGACAAGGUUGAGAAAGUCGUGGUGUCUGACAGGAUAGUUGAUUCUCCUUGCUGUUUAGUGACUGGUGAGUAUGGUUGGUCCGCAAAUAUGGAAAGAAUCAUGAAAGCUCAGGCACUGCGUGACAGCAGCAUGGGUGCCUACAUGUCUAGCAAGAAGACAAUGGAGAUUAACCCUGACAAUGGUAUUAUGGAGGAGCUCAGGAAGAGAGCUGAGGCUGAUAAGAAUGACAAGUCAGUGAAGGAUCUUGUGAUGCUGCUGUUUGAGACUGCAUUGCUCACCUCUGGCUUUAGCCUCGAGGAUCCGAACACCUUUGCUGCUAGGAUUCACAGGAUGUUGAAGCUCGGAUUGAGCAUUGAAGAGGAUGAUGCUGGUGAAGAUGCUGAUAUGCCUGCUCUGGAAGAAGAUGUUGCUGAGGAAAGCAAGAUGGAGGAAGUUGAUUAAGGUUGUUCCCUUGGGAGUUUUUUUUUGUCUACCAUUGUUGAUAUCCCAGACACACUAUAUUUCGAUAGUAUGAUAUUAGUAGUUUGUUGGGUCUAGUGGUGUUGAAGUACCCUCUAGUUUUCCAUGUCUGGAGUUCGUUUUUGUGUCUUUUUUCGAUCAGAACUUAAUUGUGCUACUCUUUUGUAACUUGAUCGAGUUCAAUAGUUGGAUCUUUUUCAGUCAUUA